AAGGCAAGGCAGAUAUCGCUGCGCAUUCCAUAAAAGAUGUACCUAUAGAAUUCCCAGAAGGUUUAUUUCUUUCUACCAUCCUUGAACGCGAAGAACCGUGUGAUGCAUUUGUUUCAAACGCACACAGCUCCAUACAAAGCCUGCCUGAAGGUUCUGUGGUUGGUACUUGCAGCUUACGAAGACGUAGCCAGUUAUUAAGCAAACGACCUGACUUAAAAAUUAAAGACUUACGUGGCAACGUAAACUCACGAUUAAAAAAAUUAGAUAACGGCGAUUACGAUGCCAUUAUUCUCGCUUGCGCUGGCCUUAUUCGCCUAGAUAUGGAAAAACGCAUAAAACAACGUAUAUCGUCAUCAUGGAUUUUACCUGCCGUCGGCCAAGGCGCUGUAGGUUUAGAAGCACGCGUAGACGACGAAGAAACAUUAGAAAUAAUAAGC